AUGCACGGCAGCAAGCUCAUCUGUAGAUCAUACUCUGGCCCUCAUCUCACCUGCAUAAAGUACCCUCAAACACUUGAAGUCCUCUACAAAAUUCACGACAGCGAGUGUGGCAACCACUCGGGGGGCUGGUCACUCACCCAGAAAACUCUAAACGUAGGCUAUUUCUGGCCUACCAUGCGCCAUGACUUCACUGAAUAUGUCAAGAGAUGUGAUUGCUGCCAACGGUACAAACCAGUUCCUAAUCUGCCUGCCGAAAUUUACCAUCCGCAGAACAGUCCGUCGCCUUUCAUGCAAUGGGCCAUCGACUUAGUAGGCCCCAUGCCAACGACACCCGCCAAGAAGGACAUGAUGAUCGUCGCCACCGACUACUUUACUAAAUGGAUCGAGGCCGAAGCUCUAUCCUCUAUUAAAGAAGCCGAUGUGGAGUGA